CAGCUGGGGGGUGGGGUUGGAUGUUCUUGGAGUCAGGGAGCCUCUCCGGACAGGAUGUGAGAGAGGAACUGGGGUCUUCAGUCACGGGAGGCGGCCAGAACUGCAGGCAGGAAGAGAACCAGGCCGCAGUCGCCCUCUCAGCAUGGGGGUGCCCUGGCCUCGGCCCUGGGCACUCGGUAUCCUGCUCUUCCUCCUUCCUCAGACCCGGGGUGCAGAGAACCAUCUUUCCCUACUGUACCACCUCACAGCUGUGUCCUCUCCUGCCCCAGGGACUCCUGCCUUCUGGGUAUCAGGUUGGCUGGGUCCCCAGCAAUACCUGAGCUACAGUAGCCUGAGGGCUGAGGCUGAGCCCUAUGGGGCUUGGGUCUGGGAAAACCAGGUGUCUUGGUAUUGGGAGAAAGAGACCACAGACCUGAAAAACAAGGAGAAACUCUUUCUGGAAGCUCUCACAGCUCUCACAGUCCUGGGGAGAAAAGAUUCCUACACCCUGCAGGGCCUGCUGGGCUGUGAACUAGGCCCUGACAACGCGUCGGUGCCUACCGCCACAUUUGCCCUGAACGGUGAGGAAUUCAUGAGAUUCGAUCCCAAGAAUGGGAGCUGGACGGGGGACUGGCCAGAGGCCCUGGCCAUCAGUGAGAAGUGGAAACAGCAAGCUGAGGCAGUCAGGAAGGAGAGGACUUUCCUGCUCAACUCCUGUCCCCAGCGGCUGCUGGGACACCUGGAGAGGGGCCGUGGAAACCUGGAGUGGAAGGAGCCACCAUCCAUGCGCUUGAAGGCCCGGCCCAGCAGCCCUGGCUUUUCCGUGCUCACCUGCAGUGCCUUCUCCUUCUACCCUCCGGAGCUGCAGCUUAGGUUCCUGAGGAAUGGGCUAGCAGCUGGUUCUGGAGAGGGCGGCUUUGGUCCCAAUGGCGAUGGCUCCUUCCACGCCUGGUCGUCACUCAUCGUCAAAAGUGGCGAUGAGCACCACUACUGCUGCCUCGUGCAGCACGCGGGGCUGGCGCAGCCCCUCACCGUGGAACUGGAGUCGCCAACCAAGUCCUCGGUGCCGGUGGUCGGAAUCAUCAUUGGCUUCUUGCUGCUCACAGCAGCGGCUACAGGAGGAGCACUGCUGUGGAGGAGGAUGAGGAAUGGGCUGCCAGCCCCUUGGAUCUCUUUCCGUGGGGACGACGUGGGAGCCCUCUUGCCUGCUCCAGGCCUGCCCCAGGAUGCAGACUGUCAAGAUAUAAAUGCAUUCCCAGCAACUGCUUGACCAUCCCCCACUCUGGUUGCUGAUAGCCAAUGUAGGCAUGUCUCUUUUGUGCUGAGACCUCCUGGAAUUCUGGCAUCUCUGAGCCUCCGGAAGGAGUCCUGGGCCCUCAGUUCUCCCUCUGGACCCCUUCUGUGGUCUGCCUCAGUUUCCCCUCCUAAUGUAUAUGGCUCUUUUCCAUCUCCACAUACAACACGAAUUUGAGCCCUAAUCAGCGUGUUCUCAAUCACUUUCAGGUUUCAGGUAGGGGAGGACAAGGAUUGGGUUGGGGAAUGAAGAGGGUGAGCCCAGCUCUUCGGAUCUCUCCGGCGGCUGACAUUGAAUAGUGGAAUCUCGCAGUUUCAUAUAAGGAAUCAUGUAAUUCUCAUUAAUAAAUUUCACAAACAUCUGUG